AUGCCGAUGUAUGGACUAAUGAAAACAACAUCAAGAUCUGAGAGUUCGAAUUCGUAUAUAAACAUAUACGAAUCGUACUGGUUUGAUUUGGUUCAAUUCCUUAAUAAUUACGAUGUAGCUAUAGAGAAACAAAGAUACAGACAAUUUAUCCACGAAAAUGUCACGAGGACGACUAAUUCAAAGUUUGCUACUCCGUCGCGUUUAGAAAGUCAUGCAUCAAGCAUAUACAGUCGAAACGUGUUUUUUGACAUCCAAAAGAAAAUAAAGAAGGUUGUUUGGUUUUGUAAUAUUGAGUCCGUCGAAUGCCGUGAUGAGUUAAAGUCAUUCGUGAUAAGCCACAAGACCAAUAAAUCAUUUGACAAAAUUACGUAUCAGGUGUGCCGUAAUUACUCAACAAACACAGUUGAAUGUGAUUGCAACCUAUUCACGCGUAACGGGUAUCUUUGUCGUCACGCGUUCAAGUUAGUUCCAGUGCAUAUACAAUCUGCAAGACUGCGUUAUGGUGAGGUUGAUGCCGAAAAAGAGGAGUAUAUAAUUGAUGUAUAUUCCAAAGUCGACGACAUAGUAAGCAUCGCACGUAAUGAUAAAUCUAUAUUGGCUAGAUUGGGGCGUAACCUCGAUAAAUUCAUGGGUGAUAUAGAGAAGGAAGUUCCAUACGAAGACCCAUCACAACAAAAGCUGGAUGCGAUUAGAGAUCAUCUAGGUGUUUCCAUACYUGAUGAGGUGGACAUCCUACCACCGUCUGAAAUAAGGAACAAGGGUUGUGGCACUGGCAAGAGGCUGAUGUCAUGCGCCGUUAAGGAUGUGUUCUUUCUUUAA